UUGGCCGCGGGGAAAAAAUGGUUGCACCACGUGACUCCCCCAUCUAAAAAAAAUUUCCAAGAUGGCGGAACCCGUCACAGGCUGAGUCCGUCGGUGGCGCGCUCCGCGCCGGGGGGGGCCCAUCGCCGCGCAGCGUCCCCGCCUCGCCCGCCGCCCAGGACUUAGCUUUAGAAAGGAUGCAGAUUAGAGAAAGCAUUUUGAAAAUCAGCUCCGAACACCAGAAGAAUUUGUGAUUUGCUCAACAGCAUGGAGGCAACGUCCCAUUAAUGCAGAAAAGAUAUAAAGCAGCAGUGCAGUGACAGCAGGAAAAGGUUCCCAUUUUAAAAGCCAUUGGAAGACACUCUGCCACCCUCUUGGAUUACUUCCCACCUGACUCAGCAUGUCACUGUGCCCUGGAUUUUACAAGGUGGCCAUGAUUUAAUCCCCACUUCCCACUCCUAUGUAUUGGUGAAGCACUGGGGCUCUUUUGAGCUGCUGUUACUCCUGUGGGAACUGAUCUGUCUCCAGUCCCUUCUCCCAAGGACUAGACAUUGCCAGCAAUGAGCUCCCAAAGCCAUCCAGAUGGGCUUUCUGGCAGAGACCAGCCAGUGGAGCUGUUGAAUCCACCUCGAGUGAACCACAUGCCCAGCUCUGUUGACGUGAGCACAGCCCUGCCCUUGCAAGUGGCGCCGAGCUCGGUGCCCAUGGACCUGCGGCUGGACCACCAGUUCUCCAUGCCGGUGACGGAGCCCACGCUGCGGGAGCAGCAGCUGCAGCAGGAGCUGCUGGCCCUCAAGCAGAAGCAGCAGAUCCAGAGGCAGAUCCUGAUUGCAGAGUUCCAGCGGCAGCACGAGCAGCUUUCCCGGCAGCACGAGGCGCAGCUGCACGAGCACAUCAAGCAGCAGCAGGAGAUGCUGGCCAUGAAGCAUCAGCAGGAGCUGUUGGAGCACCAGAGGAAGUUGGAGCAGCACCGACAGGAGCAGGAGCUGGAGAAGCAGCACCGAGAGCAGAAACUGCAGCAGCUGAAAAACAAAGAGAAAGGGAAAGAGAGUGCAGUGGCAAGCACAGAAGUGAAGAUGAAGUUGCAGGAAUUUGUGUUAAACAAGAAGAAGGCUCUGGCCCACCGGAAUCUCAACCACUGCAUAUCCAGCGACCCUCGCUUCUGGUACGGGAAGACUCAGCACAGCUCUCUGGACCAGAGCUCCCCACCCCAAAGCGGCGUCUCCGGCACCUACAACCACCCGGUCCUGGGGAUGUACGAUUCCAAAGACGACUUCCCACUCAGAAAAACAGCCUCUGAACCCAACCUGAAGCUGCGCUCCAGACUAAAGCAGAAGGUGGCAGAGAGGAGGAGCAGCCCCCUCCUGCGCAGGAAGGACGGGCCUGUGGUGACGGCGCUCAAGAAGCGCCCGCUGGAUGUCACAGGUACUGCGGACUCUGCAUGCAACAGUGCUCCUGGAUCUGGUCCCAGCUCUCCAAACAACAGCUCCAACAACAUCAGCACUGAGAACGGAAUCGCAGGAUCAGUCACGAGUAUCCAAGCAGAGACCAGCCUGGCUCACAGGCUCGUGAACCGCGAGGGCUCCGUGACGCAGCUCCCGCUCUACACCUCACCCUCCCUGCCCAACAUCACGCUAGGACUGCCUGCCACCGGCCCCUCCAGCGCGGGACAAGCACAGCAGGACGCAGAGAGGCUCGCAAUCCCAGCCUUACAGCAGCGGAUCUCUUUAUUCCCUGGCACUCACCUCACUCCCUACCUGAGCACUACAACGUUGGAGAGGGAUGGGGGAACUGCACACAACCCUCUCCUGCAGCACAUGGUCCUACUGGAACAGCCAACUGCACAAACACCCCUGGUCACAGACUGGUAUCUUUCAGGACUGCCCCUGCACGCACAGCCCCUGGUGGGUGGAGAGAGGGUCUCCCCUUCGAUCCACAAGCUGCGGCAGCACCGCCCGCUCGGGCGCACCCAGUCUGCUCCCCUGCCCCAGAACGCCCAGGCCCUCCAGCAGCUGGUGAUCCAGCAGCAGCACCAGCAAUUCCUGGAGAAACACAAACAGCAAUUCCAGCAGCAGCAGCUGCACAUCAACAAGAUCAUCUCCAAGCCCGCGGAGCCGGCGCGGCAGCACGAGAGCCACCCCGAGGAGACGGAGGAGGAGCUGCGGGAGCACCAGGCCCUGCUGGAGGAGCCCUACGGCGACAGGGCCGCGGGCCAGAAGGAGCCCCCGGCGCUGGCCAGCGUGGUGCAGGUCAAGCAGGAGCCCAUCGAGAGCGAUGAGGAGGAGGCAGAGCCGCAGCAGGAGCUGGAGUCCGGGCAGAGGCAGGCGGAGCAGGAGCUGCUCUUCCGCCAGCAAGCCCUGCUCCUGGAGCAGCAGCGGAUUCACCAGCUGAGGAACUACCAGGCGUCACUGGAGGCCGCUGGCAUGCCCGUGUCCUUCGGGGGACACCGGCCCCUGUCCCGGGCACAGUCCUCCCCUGCCUCAGCCACCUUCCCCAUGUCUGUGCAGGAGCCACCCACUAAGCCAAGGUUCACAACAGGCCUUGUGUACGACACAUUGAUGCUGAAGCACCAGUGCACCUGUGGAAACACCAACAGCCACCCCGAGCACGCGGGCAGGAUCCAGAGCAUCUGGUCCAGGCUCCAGGAGACGGGGCUGCGGGGCAAGUGUGAGUGCAUCCGUGGCAGAAAGGCAACGCUGGAAGAGCUGCAGACGGUUCACUCGGAAGCCCACACGCUGCUUUAUGGCACAAACCCUCUGAACAGGCAGAAACUGGACAGCAAGAAGCUUCUAGGUUCCCUAACGUCGAUGUUUGUCAGGCUGCCUUGCGGUGGUGUCGGGGUUGACAGUGACACCAUUUGGAACGAGGUGCACUCGUCUGGCGCCGCUCGCCUGGCCGUGGGCUGUGUCAUCGAGCUGGUGUUCAAAGUGGCCACAGGAGAACUGAAGAAUGGAUUUGCUGUUGUCCGGCCCCCGGGCCACCACGCGGAGGAGAGCACACCCAUGGGUUUCUGCUAUUUUAACUCUGUGGCGAUUGCAGCCAAGCUGCUCCAGCAAAGGCUCAAUGUGAGCAAAAUCCUCAUCGUGGACUGGGAUGUCCACCAUGGGAAUGGUACUCAGCAGGCCUUCUACAACGAUCCCAACGUCCUUUAUAUCUCACUACACCGCUAUGAUGAUGGCAACUUCUUCCCAGGCAGCGGUGCUCCAGAUGAGGUUGGCACAGGAGCAGGAGUUGGUUUCAAUGUUAACAUGGCAUUUACUGGUGGCCUGGAUCCGCCCAUGGGAGACACGGAAUAUUUAACUGCCUUCAGGACAGUAGUGAUGCCCAUUGCCAACGAGUUUGCCCCAGACGUUGUGCUGGUGUCAUCUGGUUUCGAUGCUGUGGAAGGGCACCCCACACCCCUCGGAGGAUACAAUCUGUCAGCAAAAUGCUUCGGGUACCUGACGAAGCAGCUGAUGGGCCUGGCCGGGGGCCGCGUCGUGCUGGCCCUGGAGGGUGGCCACGACCUCACGGCCAUCUGCGAUGCCUCGGAGGCUUGUGUGUCAGCCCUGCUGGGAAACGAGCUUGACCCUCUUCCGGAGAAGGUUUUCCAGCAGAGAGCAAACGCUAAUGCGGUGCAUUCCAUGGAGAAAGUCAUUGAGAUCCACAGCAAAUACUGGCAUUCCCUCCAGCGUUUCGCCUCCACGGUGGGAUAUUCCCUGGUGGAGGCCCAGAAGUGUGAGAAUGAGGAGGCGGAGACGGUGACGGCCAUGGCAUCACUGUCAGUGGGCGUGAAGCCGGCGGAGAAGAGACCUGAGGACGAACCCAUGGAAGAGGAGCCUCCACUGUAGCACCCACCUUCGAGCUGGAGUUCUCCUGUCUGUUCGUCUUCGUCUUGAAGCUCUGCCAAGAAGCUUUCUCUUGUUACUCCUGCGUCCUGUCACGGUUAUUUCCCGAACAUGGAAGGACAGCCAGGAGUAAAGCAAAGCAAGCGACACAAAAAAACAAAUCUCUCCGCAUCUUUGAGUCUCUUUUUGCCGAAAAAGAACCGCUGGUGAAGAGCAGCAAAGGACUGACACGUUGGGCACUCUUCCUCUGGUCCUCACCGGGAGCGGAAAGAGGAAUGAUGCCUGGAAGUCUUUGGCAGAGUUGCCAAACAAAAAAUAAACAAAAACAAAACACGAGAAUAAUAAAGAAGUCAAAGAUUCAACAACACAAAUCAAACAAACCUUAACAUAAAACUGGUGCUUACAAAGUUGAUUACCCACAACUGAGCAAUCUCCGCUUGAACCACUCAACCCAUCGUGUACUUUCAUUUCUUGGAUAUUUGGAAAUGGCUCUUGCCUGCCUGUGAGUCAACGACAGCUCUUGUCGGAACGGGAACGUUGGGAGAUGAUGGUGAAUUUUUAACGGGGAGGGACAGGGAACGAGGGACUCAUCUGACACCUAAAGAAAAGGGAAGCAGAAGGGGGGGAACGGUAGCCCAGAUGGAGUCGGCUUUAUUGUCUCCAAAGCCAUCUGAAGAUGAGUUUGUGCCUUUUUUUUUAAUUGAUGGAUUUGGUGCAGCUGGAUUUUUCUGAAGUUUGAGGAACAAUGCCUUAAGUAAAAAUUAAUUAAAAAAAAAAAACACAAAAAAAAAAAACAAAACACAAAGAACACAGCAGUUCCUGAAUAUUUUUCCUCUGGUUGGGAAAGCCAAGGACUGCCAUCAGGAAGGAAGACUUUUUGGCUUGUGCUGACAUGAUGGUGGGAAGCAGGCAUCAGCUGAACAGAGCGUCUCCAAAAACUGUCGACAAGUUUGGAUUUGUUUUGUUUUCUUUCAUUGCUGUUUCAGAGAUAAAAAAAAGGAAAAAAGAAAAAAAAAAAAAAAAAGGAAAAAAAUUAAGGUAGUUGCCAAAAAAAGUGGCAAAUACUGUUGGGUCUUUGAAAUUCAACCAUUUUUAACAACCAAUUUUCAGAUGUUUUCUCUCUCUUCUACAUUAUCUAGUAAUUGAACUUAUCAAUUUGGUUGUCAAAGCAUGUAUUAGACACAAAUGCAGGUUUUAAGACUGGAAUGCUUUUUAUUAAAAGCAACUAGCAUGAGAUAUUGCUUAAAUUGUUAGGUAUAAAUAUAUAUAUGUGUAUAAUGUAUAUUCCAAAUGUAUUCCAAGCUUAGAAACCGGAUUCCUAUGAAUUAUUGAGAAAAAUAUUUAUGAUGCAUUUAUAGAAAAAAGAAAAAAAAUAUAUGUAAUAAAUGCAUACUCUAACAGUAGCCAUUGGAAGCUCCCUAGGGACAGAUUUGGGAAUUGGAACGCCAAAGGUGCUUUUGGAGAAGGAUCCAGGUUGAAACUUGAGGACUUUUCAGGUGACAGGUUGGGAAGUUUUUCAGAAAGCCAACACUUUAGCCACUGGGCAACUACCCUAAACAUUUGUAUUUUAAUUUAAGGUUUUUAGUUGUGAUCCUUUUCUAACAAAAAUGAGAAAAAAAAAGAGUUUUUUAUAGCAAA